GUAUAUAAAAAGAAUUCAAAUAGAGAAAUAAUGACCCAAAAAGACUUUAAUUUGUUAUAUUAAUACCUCUAACAUAACAUCUACUUUAGAAGUAGAACAAAAAAACUCCUAACCAAAGUCCAUAAAAACCAACAAAGUGUUAGCUCAUUUGGUAAGAUUUUUACCUUAGAUAUUAGAAGUGUGGGGUUCGAAUCCUACCAAGUGAGAGUACAUGGGGUAAGGAUUCCCAAAAAUCCGUGAGCAUUGAGGUCUGAUCAGAUCCCCCUUACCUUUAAAAAAAAAAAAAAAAAAAAAAAAAAAAAGUUAAAAGUAGAAAUACAAUAAUAAUAUUCCCAAACCUUGCCGCCUUUAAGGUUAAAUCUACUCCAUAUGAAUCCAUCCGGCCAUCCCCAUCCGAAUUGCUUGUUUGUUUUUAGGUAUCGCAUGCCACACGUAAAUCUCUAAUUGGCUCCCUACUCAAACAAUUUAUUUUAGUACAAGUUGAUGUACUUCUAAAAUUUAACAACAUUAAAUUUGUACGUCUCACUUAAUUUUCUCAACUCAUCCAACAAGCAAUUUGAUUUAUUAAACACAAUUAUUAUUUAAAAAUAAAUUAUUUAUUCAUAAAAAAAUAAGUCCCAUUUUUUUGCAAGUUGCAUAGAAGAGAGUGAAAAAAAAGAGAGGUCAUUAUGCCCAGAAAUUUCCCUGCAUUUUCACAACUACCAUCACCGGUAAAAGAUAUUCCGGCGAGGAGAGAGAAAAUAUGGGCUCCGACGAGUCAAACCCGGCUUUACUCAGAAUUCUUGUCAACAAAUGUGCCGAGUUAGAAGCCGGUCAAACCAGUCUCAGAUCAAAGCUUCACGAAGUCGUUAAACAUGAUAUUAGUAAUUAUUCUAAUAUUAAGAAUAGUAAUAUUCCGGGAAGUAAACACGGUGUGACGUCAUUUGCCGGCGGGAUGACGUUUCCUGGCAACUUCAGAGAUAGUAAUCCGUAUAAUCACGUGCUUCAGUCGAUUAAUCAUGCUGUUCACGUGACUUCGCCUACUUCAGGGGAGAUCAUUUUCUGGAACCAUGCUGCAGAGAAGCUUUAUGGAUGGAAGGACUAUGAAGCAACAGGGAGACGUUUUUCGGAGCUUAUUAUAGAAGUAGAGUAUGUUCCAUACAUCGAGAAAAUCAGGGAAAAGUUGCGCUUUGGCCAUUCAUGGUCAGGUCAGUUCCCUUUUAAGAAGAGGUCCGGUGAAGUUUUUAUGGCACUAGUGACUGAGAGCCCGUUAUAUGAGGAUGGGGAGCUUGUUGGCGUUGUUACUGUUUCAAGUGAUGCAGCUGUUUUUAAUAGCAUUAGAUCAAACCAGCCUAGGGUACCACGGGGUAACAUGAAAAAGAUUCAGUGGCAACAAAGACCACAGAUUGCAUCAGUGCCACAGAUGGCUUCAUCUAUUACGGAUCUGGCCUCGAAGGUCCUUGGGCGUAUGCGCGGAGAUGACACUUCCAGAGAUGGAGAGGGAGUUGUUUCGGAAGCUGAAGAUAUGAAUCAAGAUAAGAAGGAAGCUGAUAUAGCUAAGAAUACAGGCGAAGGUAAUAGCUCUCAUGAAGAGGAAUCUGUGAUGGCUCAACCUGCAAAAAUGGCAGCUAAACUUUUGGCGAGAUUCCGAAAGAACAGUGGCAAUAAUGCUGAAAAAAGUGAUAAAAUCCCUGUACCUAACAGCCUAUCGAAAAAAACUGAUGAUGAGUCAUGUUCUACCGAAGGUUCAAAAUAUAUUACAUCAGAUAAUUCUACUUAUGAUGUCAGACUUUUUCCUUUUCCUGGUUUGCAUGAUAAAGAUGCCAACCCUCUAUUGGAAAAGCCUAAAGCUACAGAAGUAGAAGAUGCUGCUUCACGUCAAGCAGGAGCCAAAAGUUCUUCAGGCUCAGGGGAUAACUUGUCUGGAAGUCCUGGUAGCUCUUCAAGCAAAGGUGACAGUGAGUCAAGUCGUUCAAUGGUUGAUUCUGAUAUUCUAUGGGAGGACCUUCAGUUGGGUGAGGAGAUUGGUCAAGGCUCAUAUGCUGUUGUAUAUCAUGGACUUUGGAAUGGAUCGGAUGUUGCUAUCAAAGUUUUCUUUGGAAAAGAUUACAAUGAAGGAACUCUACUAGAUUACAAAAAAGAGAUUUGUAUAAUGAGAAAAUUGAGGCAUCCAAAUGUCUUGCUCUUCAUGGGAGCAUGUUAUUCACAGGAACGACUUGCUAUUGUAACCGAGUUUCUUCCAAGGGGAAGUCUUUUUAAGAUACUUCACAGGAGCAAUCAGGUUUUGGAUCUCAAGCGGCGUUUGAGGAUGGCCCUUGAUGUCGCUAGGGGCAUGAAUUAUUUGCAUCACAGAAAUCCUCCUAUAGUUCAUCGAGACUUGAAGUCUUCAAACUUGCUGGUUGACAAGAACUGGAACGUGAAGGUUGGUGACUUUGGGCUAUCGAAAUUGAAGCACGCAACCUUCUUAACAGCAAAGUCUGGAGGAGGAACUCCUCAGUGGAUGGCACCAGAAAUACUCCGGAAUGACCCCUCCAAUGAAAAGUCAGAUGUGUUCAGUUUUGGUGUCAUCCUAUGGGAACUGGUAACUGUAAAAAUCCCUUGGGAUAAUCUAAAUGCUUUGCAGGUUGUUGGUGUAGUAGGAUUCAUGGAUAGAAGGUUAGACUUACCGGAAGGCCUUGAUCCUCACAUUGCAUCCAUCAUAAAGGAAUGCUGGCUAAGCAAGCCAGAACUGCGUCCUUCAUUUGAAAACAUCAUACAGAAAAUGACCAGAAUAGUUCAAAUCACUCCAUCUUCAGCAACCCCUCCUGUUCGGAAAAGUUUUUCAUUACCACCAUAGAAGUACACACAUCACAAUGCAAGAGCUUUACUACAAAGGAGUUCAGGACUGUAUUUGUCUACUGCAGCCGAAAUCUGCCAUAGUGUAUAUCUUGUUUAUGGCUGUUGUUGAGCUACAAUUUGAUUGAUGGGAGUGGUAGUGUAUAUAGUGGUAAAUUGUGCUUCAGAUACCACAUUACUGCUGUAUUACUUGUGCAAAUACUGGAAACCACUCGCUACCUACUAAAUGUGCCAUAUAUAGCAGAAAAUAGUCCUAGAAUUGGCGGGCAUUUGUUGAGAAGGUUAUAGCAGAUUUCUUAGGGGAUUAUAAUAUCUGUUGCUCCCCUUCUUUUUCCUUAAUUUUUUGAUGAUUUUUUUUUGGGGACUAUGGUUUCUAGUCCUUGUUACAAUAUAUAAUUAGUUGAUUGUUUGGUUAAAUUAUCAUCCCCUAUAAUCAUCGAUUAGGAAGAA